AUAAAGCAUUUCAAAAGAAAGAAAAUUAAAUAAAGGUUUUUUUAUAAUUGGGAUUUAAAGAUUCUUUGUCUAUCAUCAUGAAUUUUAGAUUACUUAUUAUUUAAAUCACUUCUGGUUGUCCAAAGUUUUACAUUUUCCUAUCUUCUUUUUUUAUUUUUCUGGUGAAUAGCAAGCAAAUCAAAGACACAUAAUUUGUUGAAAUAAGGAACCUUUUUCAUUACAAAACAAAACAAGGAAAAAGAAAAGCUUCCAUUGUUGUUGUUCUUCAAGGAUGCUUCCUUUCACCUGCAUUCUCUUAAUAUGUAUUUUAGGUCCAUUCUCUUCAUUUGGUAGAGCUGCCUUCAAUCUUAGCCUCCCUCACCAACAUCCUCACCCUGAAUCUGUUGUUCAUGAUGUUCAAAGGAGAUUAAAUGUGUCUAUAUCAAGAAGACAAGCUCUAUCUGUAAGCCAAAAAGAUCAAUGCCUAACCGGAAACCCCAUCGAUGAUUGCUGGCGGUGCGAUCCCAACUGGUACAACAACCGCCAACGCUUAGCUGACUGUUCUAUAGGUUUUGGGCAAGGAACCCUCGGCGGAAAAGGCGGCAGAAUCUACACUGUCGUGGAUUCCUCCGACAACGACGUUGCUAAUCCCAAACCAGGCACUCUCCGCCACGCCGUCAUACAAGACGAACCCCUCUGGAUCAUCUUCUCAACCAACAUGGUCAUCAAGCUGAAGCACGAGCUGAUUUUCAACUCUUUCAAAACCGUCGACGGCCGUGGUGUCACCGUUCAUGUCACCGGGAAUGGGUGUAUAACAUUGCAGUAUGUCUCCCAUGUUAUUAUACAUAACAUCCACGUUCACCAUUGUAAACCAUCGGGGAACGCCGACAUUGCUUCGUCGCCGACGCAUGUUGGAUGGAGAGGAAGAUCGGACGGUGAUGGGAUCUCCAUUUUCAGUUCCCAGAAAAUCUGGAUCGAUCAUUGCGCCCUUAGUUACUGCACUGACGGUCUUAUUGAUGCUAUAAUGGGCUCCACUGGAAUUACCAUUAGUAACAAUUAUUUUUCUCACCAUAAUGAAGUAAUGCUUUUAGGCCAUGAUGACAGGCAUUUGGCUGAUUCAGGGAUGCAGGUGACGAUAGCUUUUAAUCACUUCGGAGAAGCAUUGGUGCAAAGAAUGCCGAGAUGCCGGUUAGGGUAUAUACAUGUUGUCAAUAAUGAUUUCACGGCUUGGGAAAUGUAUGCCAUCGGCGGUAGUGCUAACCCUACCAUCAACAGUCAAGGGAAUCGUUAUACUGCACCAGUGGACCCUAAUGCUAAAGAGGUGACAAAGAGAGUGGACACGGAUGAGAGGGAAUGGGCAUCUUGGAACUGGAGAACAGAAGGGGAUUUAAUGGUAAAUGGAGCCUAUUUUGUGCCUUCCGGUGCCGACGUAAGUCCUCAAUACGCUAAAGCUUCCAGCAUCCAGCCUAAAUCCGCUGCCUUCAUUCAGCAGCUCACUUUCACUGCCGGCGUUUUCGGCGAGUCUAGCGAAGAGACUGGGAGCUAUACCUAUCCAGGGUACACCGGCAACACCGUGCCCAGUGGCACCGGCACCACCACUACUGGCAGUGCAGGACCCACCGAUGAUGGCAACUUCUUUGGAAUGAUAUUUGGGAGCGGCGCAGCACCAUCGCCAACCCCACCAGCAUUAACAUCAAUGGCUUCAACAUUUUUGUCUCUUUUAAUUAUUUUAAUUUUGUGUUCUAUUACCAACCAAGGUGCGCUACCACCAUUACUAUCAUUAUUAUUGUUAUAGAAAUUAAAAAGAAAGAAAGAAAAAAAGGAAUCAAAAUUAUAGUUAAUAGUUAUAAUUUUAUAUAAGAAAUCAAAGAUUUCUGUGAUUA